AUGCUUUCACAAAGAUUAAUAAAGAGUGUCUUCACUCGUCAUCCAAUAAUCAAUCAAUCAUAUAGAUCAUUUGCCCAUGUUUCAAAUGAAGAACAAUCAACAGAAACACAAAACACAACCCCAAUAAAACCAAAAAAAAGAAGAAGAACUAUAUUUUCAGAUAAUUUAAAUGCAGGUCCAUCAUUUGAUGAUUUUAUUAGUGGGAAAGCUGCAAAGCAAGUUGUUGAUCCAAUUGAAGCUGCAAGAGUUGACCCAAAGGCAAAAUUACCAAGUUGGUUAAGAGUCCCAAUUCCAAAGGGUCAAUCUUUUCAUAAUUUGAAAAAAGAUGUUCGUGAAUUAAAAUUAUCAACAGUUUGUGAAGAAGCAAAAUGUCCAAAUAUUGGUGAAUGUUGGGGUGGUAAAAAAUCUGAAGCUACUGCAACUAUUAUGUUAUUAGGUGAUACUUGUACAAGAGGUUGUAGAUUUUGUUCCGUGAAAACAAAUAGAAAACCUGCUGCUCCAGAUCCGAUGGAACCUGAAAAUACUGCUGAAGCUAUUGCAAGAUGGGGGUUAGGUUAUGUUGUUAUGACUACUGUUGAUCGUGAUGAUUUAUCUGAUGGUGGUUCAAAUCAUUUAAGUGAAACUGUUCAAAAAAUUAAACAAAAAGCUCCACAAAUUUUAGUUGAAGUGUUGAGUGGUGAUUUUAGAGGUGAUCCUGAAAUGGUUAAAAUUUUAGCAAAAUCUGGUUUAGAUGUUUUCGCUCAUAAUAUUGAAACUGUGGAAGAAUUAACUCCUCAUGUUAGAGAUAGAAGAGCUACAUUCCGUCAAAGUUUAAAAGUUUUACAAACUGCUAAAGAAACAGUUCCAACCUUGAUUACAAAAACUUCAAUGAUGUUAGGUCUUGGUGAAACUGAUGAACAAAUCUUAGCUGCCCUUAAGGAAUUAAGAAAUAUUAAUUGUGAUGUUGUUACAUUUGGUCAAUAUAUGAGACCAACAAGACGUCAUAUGAAAGUUGCUGAAUAUGUUACCCCUGAAAAAUUUGAUCAUUGGAAACAAGUUGCCUUGGAUAUGGGUUUCUUAUAUUGUGCAAGUGGUCCAUUAGUUAGAUCUUCUUAUAAAGCUGGUGAAGCAUUUAUUGAAAAUGUAUUAAGGAAAAGACAAAACCAAAUUACAAAUAAUGAAAUUUCAAAUGAACAAGUUUUACAAUCAAGUAUAUAA